UAGCGCUUCAAGUGGUACCUGGCUCCCAAUCAUACUUAGUGAAGAUUGCAUGAAGAUUCAGAAGACCUGCUUCGAACGGUACGCUUUCAACCAAAGACGGUACGACUGCAUAGUGUUUUCUUCCGAUCGGUGUUAAUCGUUGAAGGUUGCAACUAUUUUGUUUUGGUCUUCAUUUCGGUGUCGCGACAAGAUUGUGGUUCUGUGAUUGUGAAGAUUUCAUUCAUUUUUCCAGUUUUGAAUCAAGAUGGAUUACACAAGAAGACAAUAAAAUUGGCUUCGGGAGAAUUGAGAAAGAGACUGCACGAGGAACUUGCCAAAGAAGCGCUUUCGUAAUUAACAAUGCCGAAGACGUAGAAGCAUGUGUACAAUAUGAUCAGAUAUAGGAUUUUCUGUCUUCUACUUCUCUCUGUGCAACUAUCCGACGUCCUAAGCGAUGCUCAGGGGGCGGAAAAGACCAUUGCCAACUCCCCAGUUAAAAAGUCGCAGCCAGCAGAUAAUUUGGGGCAUUCCUCGACUGGCUGGCUCUACUCAACUAAUAAUGUGCAGGACUUAAGUGCGUCCGCCUCCGAGUUUAAGGAGGCAAGGUAUCCUCCUCCAAACUUCCACUUGAGGGGGCAAGGAAGAAGCUGCUAUGACUGCAACAGCGAGCCCUGGAUUCCCAUAGUAGGGAGGAGCCUGUAUUUCCCCACUCCAGCCUCUAGUCACUCGAAUAGUUUAGAGUUUAGCAACAAGCCCUACUUUAAGGAGAAGGGCCAGUUCAAUUUACUCCGGCCUCCCAUUGACCAGUAUGGGGCGCCGCAGGCCAAAUUCAACUACCCAGCUACUGGGGAGGUUGUGGACUUUAUGCUGCCCCCACCAUAUAUACCUGCAGCAGUUUCCAAUGCGUAUCUGCCAGCUCAACAGUUCAAUGCUCAAUCCAGUCCGGCUCCCAGUGUUUUCAACUUGCGUCCUCCACCUACUUGGUCUGGCUACACGGCUCCGCCCAGGCGCCCCUCACCUCCAAAGUAUCUACCUCCAUACCCCACCACUCCUCUACGGCCAGUCUCCCAGAACUUCCAACCUCCUCCUUUGAUAGGCAUUCAUAACUUGCCCCUGGAGAAGAACCAUAACUUGCCUCCUGCCAUGCCUAGCGAUAGCUAUGGGAGGCCGAUAACUGCGGGCCAUUCUGAGCCGAUAACUGCAAGCAGUGAAUAUACCAGGGUGAACCCUGUGGGGCAUUUUGCCAGCUUCCAGCAGUCGUUUGUUAGGACGCAUCCGAGUGAUUUCAGCAACGUCCAAGUGGUGCCCAGUGUGCAGAUUGCUGAUUAUACUGCGUCGAUUGAGCACCCCAUCAACUUGAUCCAGUCGCCAAUUUUUGACCUGAAUGUUGAUGAUCAGUCGAAGGAGAGCAGCUCGCGGGAGAAGCUGAGCGAGAAUCCCAUUGUAGUCGAUGACUCCUUCUCUAGCAGCAGCGACUUGAACACCACGUAUUCUUCUGAGCUGGCGCAUAAACGGCACAAUGAUAAGUACCUGGCUUCUGGGGAGUUUGGCAAUCCCAGCCAGAAAGGGCCGGUGGAUUUGCGAGAUAAUCUCAUUCAAAAGCUGCUCUUUGAGCAAAAUAUCAUCGAUGAUCCCAACAGUGUUGGUAGCAAACAAACCCAGGCACCGGGAAAAAAUCUCCAGAACCUCCAAAUCGUUGUGCCGUAUGUCCGAUCUGGGCAUCCUACAGCCAUUUAUAACAGAGAGUACACCACAUUGGCCCCUGUUUUCGUGCCUCCUCCUAUUUCUUCAGAAGCAACCACUUUGUGGAGCCAGCUGGUGGAAGAUAUACAAACCAUCAGCCACCACCAGGAGCCAGCCCAGGGCUUUGCAACUAGCACAUCCACGGAAGUUUACAACAUCAAAGACUUUAUUGCCAAGAACAAUUUUCCUUCCUAUGACCUGCGGUCGCUUCAGAAGAAUAUUGAUCACUGGACGCAUCAGGCCUACUCCAACCGCCAUAGUCCUAUUGGACAAUUUUCCACCCAGCUGAAGCAGAUUCCGCAGGAAUACCUUAGCUCCACAGCUAAAGACCACGAGGCAGCCAACAGCGACAGAAAGGAGGUGGUGAUUGAGGACAUUGAAACCAACUCAAUAAUACCGCAGGAAUCGUCGGAGGAACCCAACAAGCCCCAACAGUUAGCAGUCAGAGUCGAGAAGCCUCCAUGGGAGUCCAAUAAGGUGACCUUGUCCAACUCUACACAUGAAAAGGUCUACGUGGUCACUCCUCAAAGUUAUCACAUUUUCCCUACCAGCACCCCAACCACUGGGUUUAGCAUGGCGCCUAAAGUGGAGAAUGGCCAAGUCAAUAAUGCUUCAACCAUGACCAGAAUCAGUGUUCGCAUCGAGAAGUCUGACGAGGGCGACGAGAAAAAAGCGAAACCUCUCAAGGUGGUCUACAGCGAGUGGCCGCAUUUAAUCAACGAUUUAGAAACCACCACUACUUCCAAGCCCACAACAAGACAUCCGCUGUUUGGGCUGAUGGAUUUAGCCCCUUAUACUGUUUCUUCGAAUUCGAUGGUAGAAACCAUUGGGGGACAUUCUAAGGUCACUAGUGUUGGAACUUCGCCACUGUUCAAGUUUACCAGCACUACGCCCACUCCAUUUAAGCAUGCUAAUGACACAGUAAAAGUGUCUGCAGAAUAGUGAAGUUCUUGAAACUUAACUUCCAUGAAGUUGAUAUGAACAAAGAGCUGAAAUGAAAGCAUGAGGCCACCAGAACCAGAGAAUAAUUUAGAACAAAACUGUGACUAAGAACUUUAUUUAAUCGAAGUAGGUCAUUGAAAUAAGGGUAUAAUUAAGAAAUACUAAGAUAAACCACGUAAGCUGUAUUUCCGUAAUAAUAACCACACAUAUAAUCUUAGUGUACAUUUCUUCUUUCGCCUAUUUAUAUAGUUUAGUAAUUUAUAAUACAGAGUUAGCAAAGAAACGAAAUCGAUGUCGCGUUGCGCAUUUUAUAUGAGCAAACUUACAAAACAAAUAAACUAAUUAUUAUGUU